AUGGUCAACUCCUGUUGUGGUUCUGUGUGCUCUGAGCAGGGCUGCAUCUCCAGCUGCUGCAAGCCCCAGUGCUGCCAGCCUUCAUGUUGCAGACCCACCUGCUGUCGUCCCAGCUGCUGCAUCUCCAGCUGCUGCCCUAGCCCCUGCUGCAGACCGCAAUGUUGCCAGUCUGUGUGCUGCCAGCCCACUUGUUGCCGCCCCAGCUGCUGCAUCUCGAGCUGCUGCCGCCCUAGUUGCUGCAGGCCCCAAUGUUGUCAGUCUGUGUGCUGCCAGCCCACUUGCUGCAGAACUCAAUGCUGCCGCCCCAGCUGCUGCAUCUCUAGCUGUUGCCAGCCCACUUGUUGCAGACCCAGCUGCUGCAUCUCCAGCUGCUGCCAGCCCACUUGUUGCAGACCCAGCUGCUGCAUCUCCAGCUGCUGCCGCCCCAGCUGCUGCAUCUCUAGCUGCUGCCAGCCCCAGUGUUGCCAGCCCACUUGUUGCAGACCCACCUGCUGCACCUCCAGCUGCUGCAAGCCCCCAUGCUGCCAGCCCACUUGCUGCAGACCCACCUGCUGCCCUAGCUCUACUUGCUGCCAGCCCACUUGCUGUCUCCAGACCACCUGCUGCAGAACCCAGUGCUGCCGCCCCAGCUGCACUGUGUCCACCUGCUGCUGCCCUAGCUGCUCCAGUGCUUCUUGUUGCUAA